AUGCGCUACGCCAAGGUACUGGACUUUAAGCGGAAGUACAUCGAGGCGGCCGCCCGCUACAGCGAGCUCAGCUUCAAGGAGAGCGGCGUCACCGAGGAGGAGCGCGUCGGCUUCCUCAACGACGCCAUUCUCUGCACCAUUUUGGCCAGCGCCGGCCAACAGCGCUCCCGCAUGCUGGCCACCCUCUACAAGGACGAGCGCUGUCAGACGCUGCCCACCUAUCCCAUCCUCGAGAAGAUGUACCUCGACCGCAUCAUUAAGGCCGCCGACCACCAGCUCUGCGCCCGCCUCAUCAAGCCCCACCAGGAGGGCGUCCACGCCGACGGCUCCAGCACCUUCCUCGAACGGGCCAUCAUCGAGCACAACCUCCUCUCCGCCUCGAAGCUCUACUCGAACAUUCACUUUGAUGAGCUCAGUCGGCUGCUGGAGCUGCCGCCGGGCAGCGGCAAGGCGGAGAAGAUCGCCUCGGCGAUGAUCACCGAAGACCGGAUGGUGGGGACGAUUGACCAGAUUGCCGGCGUCAUUAGCUUUGAGCGGAAGAACGCCCUGGUCGGCUUUGACCGGGCGAUUGGCAGCCUCUGCGCCCAGGUGAACGGCAUAGUCGAGGCGAUUACUGUGGCGGCGCCGGAGUGGACGGAGGCGAAGAUGAGAGAGCUGACGCCGCAGUUGAGCAACUGA